AUGACGAAACAGGGCACCAAGGAGCAGAUAAAAUGCUUGCAAGAAUUGAACCUCAUUAUUUGGCCAAAGAUGAAAGCAGAAGUAGAGAACUAUGCAAAAACGUGCCAACGCUGUGCUGCUACUCUUGCCCAGGGACAUAGAAAAGCACCCAUUCAUCAACGACCAAAAGAAGAGAAACCAUUUGCGUUGAUAGAAGUAGAUCUCAAGGGUCCAUUACCGAGAACGAAAGAGGGAUUUUACAAUAUUGUUGUGAUAACAGAUCCAUGUACAAAAUAUGCAGAGAUGCAUCCAAUUCGAGGACAAACCAGUCAAGUUGUUUGUAAGACACUCAUGGGUUGGAUAUCAAGAUAUGGUUUACCAAACAAAGUGCACUCUGACAAUGGACCUUGUUUCAUAAGCGAAACAUUUGAACAGUUUUGCAUAACGCAAGGCAUUGAGCAUACUUUCAGUCCACCCUAUAGGCCACAAGGAAACGCGGGUGUAGAACGGAUUAAUCGUACGAUGGGGGAAGCACUCACAAAAUUGGUAGAUAAACAUCCCAACCGAUGGUCUCAACACCUACCUGACGUACAACUAGCAUACAACACGGCAGUUCAUACAAGUACAGGAGUUUCGCCGUACGAACUAGUUUUCAAGGAGCACCCGCGAUCAAAAUUCGAAAUUAUAACAGAGAAGAUAUCACCAGUAACGGUUAGAGAGAAAACGGAACGACUGCGCGAGACUGUUAGUGAGGUAUUCCAAAAAGCACAAGAGUCCGAUGCCAAGUUAGCGGAAAAACGCAGAGAACGGUACAACAGUAAAACUUCGUUUAAAUCGUUGGGGGUGGGUGAACAAGUUUGGAAAAGAAAUUUACGAGCAAAAACAUUUGCAGAUCGGUGGACGGGACCCUAUGUCGUGGUAAAGCCCACGUCGGUAACCAAAACAUCUUAUGUGGUGAGAAGGAAUAAUGGAACUAAAGAAGAAAUUGUCCAUUACAAUUACCUUAAACCUUAUCAGAUUCGACCUGUCAAGAAACCAAAGUCAAGGAAUCCACCAAAGAAGAAUGGGGUCGUACACCCAGCACUGGGUACCAGUGAGGACAGUGAAUCUGACAGCAGAGAAGAGGAAAUGCAACCAGAGAGAAGAUAUCCAGAAAGAAUUCGAAGACCUCCAGAAAAAUACACAUAA